AUGCCCAAACUACGGCCCGUGCCGCUGGACCAUCAUUGGAGUCUGAUCGAUUAUUUCACACUAUCCUCCAGCCAGGAGAACAGAGUCGAUUAUUGGGUAGCACAACCAAGUCUUCAACACCACCUACAUCCAACUCAGAACCGCCUUCCCAAGACAGGGACUCAAGUCUGGACCUUGAACCUGGGGUUACAGUCUCAUCUUCUCAUCCAUCUAUUCCAAUCACAUAUACAAACAAGAGGGAUCUGCGGCCUGAACAGAGCAAAGCUUCCUCAUGCUAUGGCUCGUGGCUCGAUCAAUGCCAUGGCCAUGAUAGACUACUUUUACACGAGUACAGAUGACUUCGCCCUACCAGGAGCCGAGUAUCAAUCAUCACCUGGUUUCUCCCUUUCCGUUCCACAAACAACAGAUUUCGACUGCUUCCCUCAAAUUCCUUCUCUCAGCAGCAUUGGUGAAGACGACAAUAAUACCGCCCUGUCACCGGAAGAUUUGGCUCUAAAACAGCCCCAUGGCCUGCUAAAUGGGCAUAGCUGCGUACGUGCCAUGAAGAUGCUCCAGGCCUCUAUUAGUGGCGAACCAACACACCGCGAACACAGUAUACUAUCAAGUACACCGCCUAUAACAACCACCGACCAAGCAUUGCUUGCCUGUUCGGGUGUUAGUAAACAACUAAUAGAGAUGUUAGAGUGUCGGUGCGAGGCAGACGCAUACCUGCCGUUCCGGAUCACCGUCAUGAUUUCUAAGGUGCUAGCAACAUACAGUGCCAUCGCCAAGGUUGACGACUUGACGCCCUUUAGCUUUUGCAGUAUUUCAAAAAUUCAACAAGAGCAGGGCCAGGGGCAAGCUGAUUUCAUGGCGGCCCCGCUUUGGCUUGGUGCGUAUGAAGUGGAUAGGGAAUUAGAAGGGACGUUGAGAGCGCAACUGGUCUUCCAUGAAUUAUCGAAGUUCGAACCCGUGGUCAAGUUGUUCGCGGACAAAUAUUGCCAAAAUGGGGACGAGGCACCAGGUGAAGACGGGGCCAUCUACUCGGCUCUUGGUCAGUUUAUCAAGCAUCGUUUUGAUACAACAAAGACAGCAUGUGAGCUCAGAAGUCCAUUGCCAACACAAAGGAUAUAG